UGCCGGGGUGCCGGGCCGUCGCCUCUUGUUACUUUCCCCUUCUUACUUGGGAUUGGCUCAGUCACUCGCCAGUGGAAACCGAGCGCUCAGAAAUAACCCCGAACGCAAUAGAACAAGAGGACUAGCUCGACGAAACCCCCUUCACCUGGACGUUCACCUGGAGAUAGAUGACCGAGAAGCGCCAGAGACUUCGUGGCUGUGGAGUCGCCACAGGACAGUCCGUUGCAGAUGACGACUCUCCCCUUCAUCUCGUUGACAGUGCCAGGCAUUUCCUUGAGAUUGGAACUCAGGAGGCAAAACCUUCAACUGAAGACUUGGGGGAUAAGAAAGAAGGCGAGUACAUCAAACUCAAAGUUAUUGGACAGCAGUGAGAUCCACUUCAAGGUGAAAAUGACAACACAUCUCAAGAAACUCAAAGAAUCAUACUGUCAAAGACAGGGAGUUCCAAUGAAUUCACUCAGGUUUCUCUUUGAAGGUCAGAGAAUUGCUGAUAAUCACACUCCAAAAGAAUUGGGAAUGGAGGAAGAAGAUGUGAUUGAAGUUUAUCAGGAACAAACGGGGGGUCAUUCAACAGUUUAGAUAUUCUUUUAAUUUUUUUUCUUUUCCCUUAAUCCUUUUUUAUUUUUAAAAAUAGUUCUUUUGUAAUGUGUUCAAAAUGGAAUUGAAAACUGGCACCUCUCUUGCAAACAUCUGGCAUUUCAAAUCCUAGUGCUCAGUGUUCAUUAGCGUUUUCUCAUUGUGCUGACUUUUGGUGAUCAAACCUCAGCCCCUCAUAAUGUCCUCCUCUUCUUCACAGUGACCUGUGUGCACAGAGAGUCCCCUUGCCCAGGGCUGUGCAUUUGCAGGCUUGUGGAAUAAGUAAGACCGACCAUUGCAAGUGUUCACAAUGACUUUCCAAUUGGCCCUGAAGUUCUAGCAUUUGAUUGCUUUGCUCCUGGACUGACUUUCAGUGGGAGAUGGAAGUUCUUCAGAGAACUGAACUGUGGAAAAUGACCUUUCCUGAACUUUUGAAGCUACUCUGAAAAUCUGAGAGUCUGGACCAAAAGAAGAGGCCUCUCCAAUUGGAGUCCUGGUGACAAAUGGAGAGUAGUGACUAGCUCCAAAGAUGGCGUCACUGAAGAGAUAAAGCGUUUUAAGAUGGAGAUGAAAAUCUUGUCAGAAGACCCCAGAAAAGUUCUAAAUUACAUUAGCAAUUAAUAAAGCUAUUCAGGCAGAAGUGUAUUCAACAGAACACUGCUCUUUUUGAUUUUAUUUGUACUUUUUGGCCUGGGAAUGGGUUUUAAAUGGACAUUGUCUGUACCAGCUUCAUUAAAAUAAACGAAAAUGUUUGUAAAAACCGUA